AUGAUUUUAAAAUUUUAUAAUAGAAGACCUGGAGACGAUUUCACUACUCCAAAAGUUUUGUUGGUGGCACCAACAGGAAAAGCUGCUUAUCAUAUCAAUGGAAACACAAUUCAUUCCACACUGCGUAUUCCAUGCAAUCAAAGUCUUCAGUUCGGAUCUUUAGAAUCUAGUUCUUUAAACACACUACAGACCAAAUUAGGAAACGUGCAACUUAUAUUUAUUGACGAAAUUUCCAUGAUAGGAUUUAAAAUGUUAAAUUUCAUACAUCAAAGGUUAAUGGAGAUCAAACAGUCUAAAGAACCAUUUGAUGGAAUUUCUAUUAUUGCUGUUGGUGACCUGUUUCAGUUGAAACCAGGGAUGGAUUCUUAUAUUUUCCAACCUCCAAAAUCAGGGUACAUGCCUUUAGCUUUAAAUUUAUGGGAAGACCACUUCUGUAUGACAGAACUGAACAUAAUUAUGCGUCAAAGAGAAAAUAAAGAAUUUGCAGAAUUAUUAAAUAGACUCGGGGAAGGAAAUCAUACAUCUAAUGAUAAUGAACCACUGAAAAAUCAAUGUUUGGAAGAAAAUACUAAAAACUAUCCACAUGAUACUCCACAUGAUAUGCUUAACAAAGUUAAUUGGUCUGAUGAUGAGGAUGUGGAUGCAUAUCAGGAAAUGCUUUAUCAAAUAUAUCACUUAGAUGAUGAGGAUUUGGAUGUAGUAUUGCAGAUGAUGAUGAAUAUGAUAAAGGAAGAAGAUGAUGAUGAGGGAUUUUAUGAAAUGUUCGAGAGUGAAGAUGAACGAGAAAAUUGA